UGGACCCUACGGGCGCGAGUGCGUGAGUUUUAAAAGAUCCCCAAAACGCGCCGGUCGUCUUCUCCGCAGGAUGGCAGUCGCGGCAGCAUUCCCGUGCCAGACGGCGGCACGUAUCUCCGAAGUGGUUUUUGAGCUGACCGAUGCAGAUGUAGGCAUCUUGUUCGACUGCGCUGCCGGUGUGCGUCCGCAAGCAGUGGGAUGCCACAUACCGGCUGAUGUGCCUUACAUCCAGCUGUGUGGACAGCCAGUGUGUCGUACCCAGUUUUCCCGCACCCAGCUCACCCGGCUGUUUUGGACCAUAAGGUCGAAGAUUAUUGCUCUGCAAAAUGACACGGGUAUCCACCGAAACUCACUUGGUUCUGGUGGGGCCUCACAGCUUCACUAUGAAGUGUCCUCAUUCCUCAGCUUCAUCAGGCAUGAAGUUGAAAGGGUUGCAGACAGUGCAUCUACAAAGAUGGUUGAUAGGCCAUACCACAAUCGGGAUACGGAGUGGCUUGAUUCGCGCGAACUGUGUUUCUGCCUCCUGGAUGAGCUGAGGCUGACGUUGCGCCUCACUGGCCGCUUCUCGGACAUUCCAGUGGACAAAAACCACUGCCGCUCCAGCGACAACCGCCGUUUUCACAUUGCGCUCGAGUUGUGGUGGACUGCGCUUCGUGUGACAGACAUCGUCAUGUCCUCCCACUUGCUCAGAGGCGCUGAGAUCUCAUUCUGCGACCUGGGUGGCUUUGGACAGAACGCCGUCUUCGCUCAAGUGGCUGUGCUCUUCUUGGCGGACCUCUGCUGUCUGUCAUCUCGUUUUUUCCAGAGCCGAGGUGUUGUGCCGCAGGAGAGUGAAAGAGCGUUUCCUUGCACGUGCGUGCAUGAUGCCUGGGCCAUGGCAGCUGAUCUCAUUGGUCGGAGGCACGAACACUUUGUCGAAGAGGCAUUUUGGACUUAUGUGAGCUUUGUGCUUGAAGUAGUCUGUCCACAGUCCAGCAGGGACCUUGAACUAGACCUCAACGGUUUCUGCUUGUCUUCAUUUUCUGUGAACGUGGAAGAAAGCGAGCGAGCUGCCUUCUGUCUGUGGAUGCUCAGUGCCAUUGCAGAGGCCAGCAAGGACACACUCUGGAGCGCCAAGGGAAGGAGCAACUAUGCCACAGCCCAGAAAUUUGUGAUGGCCGUGACAGCUGAUGCGAAGGAGUCGCUGAUGCGAGUGGCCGUGCGUUCCUGCAUGAGUCUGCACAGGGUCUGGGAGCCGAGCAUUGAUCUCCUGCAGUCACUGCUGGACUUUUUCCUGAAGAACUUGAAUGAAAAUUUUCUCAUCGGCUCAUCUGGAGUGCAGGCAUUUCAAGUGAUCUGCCAAACAAGCCAGCAGAUACACAUUCGUGCCAGAACCCUGGUUGAAACGAGUGACCUGGGAGCAAGAGGAGCAGAAAACAGCUACGAGCUUUUCCUCAUGCUGCUGGCCCAGAGCCUGCAUAGGCAGUCACCAGAGGGCGUCACCAGCACAUGGAGGUCACUGCGUGGUCGCAUCUGCAGCCGGUUUCACGCCAAGCGAGUGGAAGAGCUGUCUGAGCUGGGCCUGCAAAACUGCUCCCUGCUCUUCCUGGUGCUCUCCCUCUCCGUCGACCUGGACGAACCGGUGGAUCGCCUGCUGUCUGUGCUUGUGCUGGUGCCCUCCGAGAGUCCAGUGGAAAAGCUACGAGUGGCCCUGAGGAGCUUGUUUGCAGUUCUGCUUCUGCUGCAGGCAAGCUCGGCCGAUCUGUCCAAGGUGGCACAGAAGACAGCCGGAUGGUUUUUUGAGCGCUGUGUGGGCUUAGGGCCACAGAGUGGGAAUGCUGCCAUUCAGUCGUUGCGGUCUCUGCUGCUGCCAGUGUACACGGAAGGAAUCCGAGAGGUUAUGGACACCAGUUCGCAGCUUGACUGCUCAGAGCACGCACUGCUGGUGCCUGAGAUGGUUUUGCUGCUGGAACAGUGCUCCACAUCGCAGCAAGAGGAUGUGCUGGGAACUAUCCACGAGGCGGCAGAAAAGCUGAGGGUGGUCCACAAGCGGGCUCUUUCUCGGAACCUUGAAAGAACGGAUGAUGACAGAAAAAUGCUUGCACAGCACAAGGCUUUCAGUGACGCCAUCUUCAAGAGCACGCUGCAGUUCCUGCACAAGGCACUGGCACUGCCUGUCCACGCUGCGUCCCCGGCCACCUGUUUCACAGACCUCGCUGUCAACAUCACGCUUCUGGCACUGGACCUGCCGUCAUCGCAGGCAGUUCCAGUAAAAGCGAACUUUGGGAGUCUCUUUGAGCAUUUUGGGUGUUCGCCCCACACGCAUCCCAGCGCAUCCGGCCGCUUCCUGUGCCUGGUGCUGGAAGAUGACCAGGCGUGCUUUGAGCUAGAGUCGCGUGUCACAAACAGCGAUGCAAGACUUGUCCAGGCCUGGCUCCGCUGCUGUGUAGGCGUGGAGCCGCCAAAUUCGGAAAUGACUCGACUCUCAAGGAUUGUGCUAGGCCGCAGAGAGUUUGCCAAUUACAACAGUCUGGCGGCCACCAUCGUGCCUUCGGACGAGGUGACGGCGCACGACGACCUUGCCGUCCACUUCUUCGACUGCUUGGCACAGUACGCCGACAUCGUUUGUGCGAUGGAUGGCAUCUCGUCACUGACUCAGCUGAGGCAAAGCGUAGCCUACUACCUCAAAGACUUUGUUGCCGUGGCAACGGCUCAGUCGCGAAACGCUGCUGCCGCAGCGGCAACGCGUGACAGCCUGGGAAAUGUGUACCUCCUGUGUGGCCAGCUGUUUCGUCUGUGUGCAGGCCUCAUCUAUACCAGAGGCAUGGCCGACUGUGUGCUUCCUAGGCUGCUGGACUCAUUGAUCCUGCCUGGUGCCUUGUAUGCCGGGAAGCCCAUCCCCCAGGCACAGCUGGCUGCCAUCAAACAGCACUUGCCUCUGUUCAUCUGCGGACUGCUGUCGCUGAACCCACAGACGGAUGCCUACAUCGAGAGGAAGUUAAAGGACAUCGUAGUUCACUACUUGCCACUGUUCCCUACGCAAACUCAGAGCUCCAUCCACCACACUGGAGAGCAUCCUCUUUUGGCAACGCUGCAGAACUGCGGAGGAGCCUGCCGCGCUGCUGCGGAAAGGAGGGCAGCAUACGUCGGUUUCCUUCUAGACUUCAUUCAGAAGCACUUCGUGGCCAAGAAGGCCGUGUCUGGCACUCACCUCACUCAGGCUCUGCGGUUCCUUCUAGAACUGCUGAAGCACCUGGCACCCCUGAAGAAAGAAUGCUCAAGUGUUCUGCAGUCAGGAUUGCCGAACCUCCUGAACAGCCUCAGUAUGCUGAGUGUCAACGCCCGAACGAACCGCGAGCUGGUGCUGCAAGUGACACGUGCCGUGAUGACAUUUUCUUCGGCAAUGGCCGCACCAAAGUGAAGCACUUGGUCAAACCUGCAAAGCAGCUUGGCCAGUUUUACGCCUCAGGAUUGUUGCAGGCUGUUGAUAGUGGCUGCUCUGUAGCGGACCAUCUCAUCGACCCACAGAGGCAUGUUGCUACAAGGAACUUGAUUUUGAAGAUUGUUUAGACUGUCGCUUUUUUUUUGUUUUAUAUUGUGAUCGUGUUGCUGUGCUUCCAUCAUCCUGAAUGCUAGGAGUGCCAGCACUGUACACAUCCAGGCUCUUGGUUAUGUAUACGUUCAGUGCUCAUGAAAUUUGGUGCAAAAUAUUGAGCAAGCUUAUGCAAACAUGUAAGUACCGACGUGCAGUUCAUGUCAUGUUGCCAUAAUAUAAGCUCUCGCACUUAUGUCAGGCCUCUAGCAGCAGUCAUAUUCAUAGUCAAUGACAUGGUUACCUAUUACAAUUAAAAAUAUUUAUUGUUACAUAUGUAGAAGCUUUGCUGCCAAGCUUCAUUCUAGGAGCUACCCUACAGGCAUUCAGUGGUGCAUGGUGUCAAGUUUGCAAAUGUACAUAAAUAAACUUUUUCUCAAAA